CGCACAUGGAUGCAACUAAUGGAAGACGACAGAUCUCUGCUUGGAUCGACUGGACGGCUAGAUCAUCACCAGCUGGUAACUCUGCUCUCUGAACCGUCGGAUCGUAAUUACCCAGAGUACUAGAACCUAAUCACUUCUCCACCAAGAAGGCAGAUAAUACAAAAUUUUACUGAUCACCAGAUGGCAGGGGGAACUUCGAGUGGAAACUGGAAGCAGUGCUGCUGCUGAAGAAAUCCAGUGGGAAGAACGCUUUUUGGUGAGUUCAUUUAUCUAGAUUUUACUCCUGAUGAUGAAAAUCUGGCCGCAGAAUAGUCUGGGAAAAAAAUCUGAUUGGCUGAUUUUGAAUAAUUCUUGUUUGUCCCUUGAAAACUGAUAAUGUAGCAUAGAAGAGAGAAUAAAAUAAAUUUGGCAUAGUCGAACAAUAAAAUAGCUUCGAGAAUCACAUACUGCCAAAGAUUAGUCAAUGCUGAGCCUCGCGAACCAAUUUGUGCUUUACAGAGGUGAUUUAGCAUAAAAAAUUGUGCCGAUGAAGUGAAUUUGCACAACUAAUUGCUUUUCCUUUAGCUUGCUUCCAGAGGAUCAAAUUUAGCUGUUUGCAAGUGUACAUGAGGUUUUGGCGGUGCCGAAGAUUUUUCGGACGGCUGAAAAUUAGCCACCUUUUAGUGAUAUUUGUUAGCGAAUACUAGAAUAUAGGGCGAGGAACCUGUUUGAUGGCUAUAUAAGAAAAUCAUUCCCUCAGGAAAUUAUAUAGACAUUUAGUCGAAGGGUUUUAGCGUAAAAUUUAGGCUUGUUUAAGGAAUUAGAGGGUUGUGUAAAUUUUGGAUCUGUUUAAGGAAUUAGAGGGUUUGGUGUUCAAUUUGGGCGGUUUAAGGAAUAAGGGGAUUGUAGUGUAGAUUUGGAGCUGCUUAAGCUGUGAGAGGGUGUUAGUGUUCUGAUUUAGAGCUGUUUAACAAAUGAGGGUAAUUUUGAAAUCAAUUUAUGUCUGUUAAGGAAUGAGGGGAUUAUAUUGUAAAAGUCAAGACUGUUGAAGGAAUUUAUAUUAAAUUGAGGGGUGUUAAGGAACGAGGGGAUUUUAGUGAAAUUUGGGGCUGUUUGAGUAAGGAGAGGGCUUCAGUGUAAAAAUUAGGUCUGUUCAAAGGAUUUUAGUGGCUAGAGAGUCUUAUAAUCAAGAUGUCAGAGAAGUUACACUACAAGAUUGGUUAUGCUUUAUCGGAGAAGAUGCACCAGAAUUUUCUGCACCCAUCUUUGGUGGAACUUGCUGAAUCUAGAGGCAUUGAUCUCGUUGAGGUGGAUUCUACCAAGCGUCUUUUGGAUCAGGGACCUUUCGAUGCUAUUCUGCAGAAAUUGUAUGACAAACAAUGGAAUGAACAGCUCAAGGAGUAUUGUGAAAAGUAUCCACAUGUGGUUGUAAUUGAUCCUCCUGAAGCCAUUGAAAAGCUGCAUAGCCGCGUUUCCAUGCUAAACGGGGUAGAAAAGUUGAAAGCCAUGGACGGAAAUGAAUCAGUUUCUGUUCCCUUGCAGAUUGUUGUGGAGAAGCCAGAAGAGCUUACCGAUUUAAAAGUUCUGGAAGUACUGAAGUUUCCUGUUAUUGCCAAGGCUCUGCUAGCAAAUGGAACUGGUAAGUCUCAUGACAUGUCGCUUGUAUUUAACUCUGAGGGUUUGAAAAGCUUGAAGCCACCACUUGUUCUUCAAGAGUUUGUGAACCACAACGGGGUGAUCUUUAAGGUGUAUGUUGCUGGUGAUUUUGUUGAGUGUGUGAAGAGAAAAUCACUGUGUGAUAUUUCUUAUGAGAAAAUGCAAAGCUCUGCUGUGGAUGUUAUGCCCUUUUCACAAAUAUCGAACCUGGCGGUGGAUGUGGAGGAUCAUGAUGAAGGAAUGGAGAGCGAGCAGGCUGAGUUGCCCCCGGCUAGAUUUAUCGAGGAUCUUGCAAGUGGCUUGCGUGAUGAAUUGGGUUUAAGUUUGUUUAAUUUUGAUCUUAUCAGGGACAGUAAGGCUAGAAACCAGUACUUUGUGAUAGACAUUAACUACUUUCCAGGCUAUGCUAAGAUGCCGGGUUUUGAGGUUGUCUUGACAAAUUUUUUCUGCAAUUUGUUCCAUGAGAAACAUAAAAUUUCCGUGAAAGAAGUUUCUUUGGGAGGCAGAGAAAUUGAGGACAAGAUACCCGAAAAGGAAUGUAGUGUGGGUGAUGGAGUUACAAUUUUGGCAACAGAUGUAGAGUAAGUUUCUUUGCAGAGGAUAUUUUAUGUUAUGUUAUUUUGUUUCAGUUUUCUAAAUGCAUGCUGCAAAGAGAAUUCAAUUAGCUCUGUAUCUGGGGGAUAUUUUUGCCACAAAAGAUCGACCAUGAAAGCUAGUUGAAGCUUCUCUUUUCUUCACAUUGGAAGAACUUUUCUGGCCUAUGGAUGCUCAUUAGGUAAAAACUAGCAACUAUUUACAUUUCUAGACCUGUAUCGUUUAUAUUUUUAAUAUAUUUGAAGUAUGAAUAUUUGUUAAAUCA